AUGUACGGCAUUCUGCUGGAGGGUCUUCGUAUCUACCUGAUGGAGAAUUGUUCAACAGAAACUCGCGAUGUGAUUGCCGCCAAAUUCAGUGUCUGUCUGUCGGAGCCGUUCGCUCAGGAGGGCAUGCACCCCUGCGACCUGAUCCUGCGCAUGGCCAUGGUGGCGUCCGACUUGACCGGUACCAACAAACAGGACAUUCUGUUCGGCUCGGGCGUCUGUCUGAUGCACAGUCUGUUCAAGUCGAACUACUUCAACAUAAUCCGCGUGCUCGGCCGCGAGCUGGGCUCCUUCCUCAACAGCCUCGACUACCUGCACGAGCAUCUCAUCCUCAAGUUUCCCAAGAUGUCGCCGCCCAGGUUCAAUUGUCUGCGGGUCUGCGAGGCCGGUAUCACCCUCAAAUACAUAACUCGGCGCACUUGGUGCAUCCAUUACGCACGCGGCAUGCUGCAGGCGAUUGUGACCGGCCUCUACAAGAUAAACACGAAAAUUGUGGUCAGUCCUUUCUGCUAG